AUGGACCCCAAAGUUGCAUUCGUGAUUGCUUGUGUCUGUGCUUUGGUCAUCACCUCCACUGAAGCGGGGAUCCCAAAAUGCUGCAUCAAAACAAGGAAGAAAAUCUCUCAUCGUGUGCUGAUGCAGGUGGAGAGAUCGUAUGUACAGCUAAACAGUGGUGCCUGUGACAUCUCCGCACUGGUACUUUACUUAAAGGGCACUAAGAGCCCCAUAUGCGUUGAUCUCAAGCUGAAGACGUUUGUGGACAGGAUUCCUUUGAGGGUCAGACAUAGACAGCUGAAAACCGCUCUCUGA